UGUUUCAGCAACUUGCGUCAGUCGAAAAUUAUAUUUUGCUCGCCAUAGUCGCGCAUAGCUCAGCAGUUUCGUUUACAUUUCUUAUUCUAAACAUAAAAUGGCUCCACGCAAUAAGGAACAGGAACAGGAGGUGCUCAAUUGGAUCUUUGCAGUGCUCGGCGAAAAGGUGCCCAGCGGCCAGUAUGAGGAUAUCCUUAAGGAUGGUAUCUGGCUGUGCAAGUUGGCCAAUAAACUGGCCCCUGGAUCCGUAAAAAAGAUUCAGGAGCGUGGUACCAACUUCCAGCUGAUGGAGAACAUUCAGCGUUUCCAGGCAGCUGUCAAGAAGUACGGUGUGCCCGAGGAAGAGAUAUUCCAAACUGCGGAUCUUUUCGAACGUCGCAAUAUUCCACAAGUUACCCUUUCGCUGUAUGCCCUUGGUCGCAUUACACAAAAGCAUCCCGAAUUCACUGGCCCCACCCUGGGCCCCAAAAUGGCCGACAAGAACGAGCGCACCUUCACCGAGGAACAACUGCGUGCACAUGAGGGUGAGCUAAACCUGCAGAUGGGCUUCAACAAGGGCGCCUCCCAGGCCGGCCAUGGUGGUUUCAGCAACACGCGCCACAUGUAAGACGGCAAAACCCUCAGGUAUACAUGCAAGCACACACACACACCUCUCACAGCUACACCAAAAAUAAUUUAGUUCAAACAAUGUUCAUUUGUAUAUCUAUAAUUUCUUGCGGUUUUUAUAAUUAAAGCCCUGCAAUUAGCAGCGCGGGCCCCUCUUAAA